UUAGUCUCCCUUCCGUCCUGUUGCCUUCUCUCACUUUUUUACCCUUGGAGUUGCCGCCUUUGCUUCAUUCGUGGUGUGACCGUUCCUCUUGUUCCUGCGUACUUUUCUCCCUGCGCUUUCAAUUUGAGCUGACAAUCUCUAGCCCCGUUUUUCCCCGGCGGCGGCCGGACCGAUUUAUUUAUUUUUUCUUCCUCCAUCCUCUCCUGCACACAAUGGGCAAGACGGCGCUUCACUCUGUGUACAAAAGCUUCCUGGAUUGUUUGUGCCUCUGCUUGUCGCGAGGAAGUCGUGAAGCAGCAGCCGAUGCCGACCGAGACGCGGAGAACGGCCACCUGGCCUACAAAAAGGGGGACGUCCUCGAGGACCGAUAUGAGAUCCUGGACACGCUGGGCGAAGGGACCUUUGGGAAAGUGGUGCAAUGUUUGGACCACAAGAGGAGCGGGCGUCAAAUUGCUCUGAAGAUCAUUAAGAACAUCGAGAAGUACAGAGAAGCGGCCAAACUGGAGAUCAACGUGCUGGAGAAAAUUAGAUGCAAAGACCAGCACAAACUAUACCACUGUGUCCAGAUGCUGGACUGGUUCGCCUACUACGGCCACAUCUGCAUCUCCUUCGAGCUCUUGUCCGUCAGCACCUUCGACUUCCAGAAAGGCAACAACUUCCUGCCUUACCCCAUCCACCACAUCCGACAAAUGGCCCAGCAGAUCUGCCGCGCCGGCAGCUUUCUCCAUGACAACAGGCUGACUCACACCGACCUGAAGCCAGAGAACAUCCUUUUUGUCAACUCUGACUACUCUGUCAUAUACAACGCUGACAAGAAGUGCAACGAGAAGCGCCUCAAUGACACCACGGUGCGCGUGGUGGAUUUUGGAAGUGCCACAUUUGACCUUGAACACCACUCUACCGUCAUCUCCACGCGCCAUUAUCGAGCCCCUGAGGUCAUACUGGAAUUGGGUUGGGGUCACCCUUGCGAUGUGUGGAGUAUCGGCUGCAUCCUGUUUGAGUACUACGAAGGAUUCACUCUGUACCAGACUCACGACAAUAAGGAGCAUCUUGCUAUGAUGGAACGCAUCCAUGGGCCGAUUCCUCAGAGAAUGGUUCGACGGAGCAGGAAGCAGAGCUAUUUCCACUGUGGCCGCCUGAACUGGAACGAGUGCUCCAAGUCUGGACGCUACGUCAAAGCCAAGUGCAAGCCUUUGCAGAAAUACCUGCUGUCACAGGGCAGGGAACACCAUCAGUUUUUUGACCUUCUGGAGAGGACGCUGGAGUACGAGCCUUCCAAACGCAUCUCUCUUUCCUCCGCUUUGAGCCACCCUUUCUUUCUGCAACCCCAACAGUCAGCAAGGAGUCAGACACCAAGAAAUAGCUUCAACAUGGGCCGAUAGUUUCCCCUUGGAAAGCAAUGCACGGAAUAUUGCGGCGUACCAAAGGCAGUGGUACGACACUGGAGAGCGGCGCUAAAAACGGUACAGUCGGUUGACCAGAAUGAGUCUGUUGACUUGUUAAUCAGAAUGGUUACCUCUUGGCAACGGCAGAAAUGGCACAGGCCAGCGCCGUGCGUUGCACUGCUAACAAUGUCACGCCAUUGAUGGAGCGGACACUUUUUUUUUUUGCCUUCCCGCUUGCAGUGGGAACAUGAACCAAAUCGUACCAGUUUGUAACACUGGUAGUGGGAAUUCUGCAUUAGGAUGACUGGGGGGGGGCAGUGCCCACCAGAUCGCGCAGUGUAUCAUCUCCCUAUUGUUAGAAAAGUCCCUCCUGGCUCUCUUGUCUUGCUGAACCCUGGACAACAUUGGAACACAAAGCUGGACCAUAAAAAAGAUGUACAAGUUGUUGAUUUCAACAACCAAACCAUGUUGCCUGCUGCAUGAUUUGCCCCUGCUAGCUUAAUGCUAACAAAAAAAAAGAGGAAAAUAUUACAGUAUACAGUUGGUGGCAGUAGUAUUUAUUACGGUGUUGUUCGACAUGGAAAGAGUGAGCCGUUUUGGCAGUUUGUAAGUGCUAGCAAGGCUCCCCGUGAAUAUUUUGUGUUGAACCUGUUUUUCCUCGUUGACAUUUUUCAGUCGACGAAGGCUGCCAUUGUGCGUUCUUACCUCCAACCUUGGUCGAGCCGUGUGUGUGUGUGUGUGGGGGGGGGGGGUACACUUAUCUGCCCGUCGUCAUCUUCUGGCAACACUAUUUGGUGAUUUAAUGUAAAUACAGUGACGCCUUGAGAUAAAAGCUUAAUUUGUUCUGUGACUCUGCUCUUAACUCAAAACAGCAGCCUUGAAAUCAUCUUACUGUAUUGAAAUGUACGGAAAUGCUAUAUUCACAAC